AUGGUGGGGGCNGCCCCCGAGUUCCCCAGGGAGGCAGUGUCUGAGGAUGAGUACAAGAUGCGGUUGAGCUCCAUUAUCCAGGAGCUGCUGACCUCUGAGCAGACUUUCGUGGGCAAGCUGCAGUUUCUGCAGAGCCACCACAUGCAGCACCUGGACCGCUGCCCCCAUGUGCCUGCCGCUGUGGCCAGCCAGAAGGCUGUCAUCUUCCGCAACGUGCAGGACCUCAGCCGGUUCCACAACAGCUUCCUGCAGGAGCUGCAGAGCUGUGAUACAGAUGACGAUGUGGCUAUGUGCUUCAUCAAGAACCAGGUGGCCUUUGAGAAGUAUUUAGAAUUCCUGGUGGGCCGAGUGCAGGCCGAGUCGGUGGUGGUCAGCACGGCUGUGCAGGAGUUCUACAAGAAAUACUCAGAGGAGGUGCUGUCGGCCACUGACCCCUCACAGCCGCCCCCGCCGCCGCUACAGCACUUCCUGGAGCAGCCGGUGCAGCGGGUUCAGCAGUACCAGGCUCUGCUCAAGGAAUUGAUCCGCAACAAGGCUCGGAACCGGCAGAACUGCUCACUGCUGGAGCAGGCCUACGCGGUGGUGUCAGCCCUGCCGCAGCGCGCCGAGAACCAGCUGCACGUGUCACUCAUGGAGAACUACCCAGGCACCCUGGAGGCCCUAGGCGAGCCCAUCCGUCAGGGCCACUUCAUUGUGUGGGAGGGGGCACCGGGCGCACGGAUGCCCUGGAAGGGCCACCACCGCCACGUCUUCCUGUUCCGCAACCAUCUGGUGGUCUGCAAGCCCAAGAGGGACUCACAUACCGACACCUUCAGCUAUGUGUUCCGGAACAUGAUGAAGCUGAGCAGCAUCGACCUGAAUGAGCAGGUGGAGGGGGACGACCGUGCCUUCGAGGUGUGGCAUGAGCGGGAGGACUCAGUGCGCAAGUACCUACUGCAGGCACGGACUGUCAUCACCAAGAAUGCCUGGGUGAAGGAGAUCUGCGGCAUCCAACAGCGCCUGGCCCUGCCUGUCUGGCGGCCCCCAGAUUUUGAGGAAGAGUUGGCCGACUGCACAGCCAAGCUGGGUGAAACAGUCAAGCUGGCCUGCCGUGUGACGGGCACACCCAAGCCCAUCGUCAGCUGGUACAAAGAUGGUAAGCCAGUGGAAGUGGACCCUCACCACAUCCUCAUCGAAGACCCUGAUGGCUCAUGCACCCUCAUCCUGGACAACCUGACUGGUGUUGACUCUGGCCAGUACAUGUGCUUUGCGGCCAGUGCUGCCGGCAAUGCCAGCACCCUGGGCAAGAUCCUGGUGCAAGUCCCCCCACGGUUUGUGAGCAAGAUCCGGGCGGUGCCUUUUGUGGAAGGAGAGGAUACCCAGGUCACCUGCACCAUCGAAGGUGUCCCACACCCUCAGAUCAGGUGGUACAAGAAUGGGGCCCUGCUGACCCCUGGCGGCAAAUACCGGACCCUGAGUGAACCACGCAGUGGCCUGCUCGUCCUGGAGAUCCGGGAGGCCAGCAAGGAGGACCUGGGCCACUAUGAAUGUGAGCUGGUGAACCAGCUGGGCUCGAUACGAGGCGGUGUGGAUCUGUGCCUACAGGGCCCAGCAUUGCAGGCGAGGGAACAGCGCCACCGCGAGCACGUCGCCAUGGUGGAAGACACUGCCCUGGAGCAAGUGGACCAGAUCACACCUGUCCAGAGGACACUGGUGGGCCCUGAGGCUCCAGGAACCUCUGCAAGGGACCACACUGGCCUGGGCCCCAGGGGGCCACUUGCUCUCCAGGAGGCCAGCCCGCAGCUCCUGGGCACUGAGGCUGCAGAUGAAUCUGGUGAGGCCCAGGGGCAGGCUCACUGCAAACUACCACCUGCUCCCAGAACCCCCUCCUCUGUGCUGACCCCAACUUUGGUCAUCAUGGGUGCUUAUCCUAUGGGAGUGAACUGGCAGAACCCUGGGGACCCAGAUAUCACUGGGGUCCUUGUAUUGGGGGUCCUGGGCAAGGCCCGCCUCUCAGGCUAUCACCCCAUAUAUGAAACUAGGCAGAGUGUAGUUCAGGGAGGUUCUGCCUACCCUGAGCACAUCUGUCCUGGGCUGGAGAGCGCGGCCUGGCCAGGGACAGAGGCCACUGAGCUCUGGGAUGUCUGCAGCCACGUGUUCACAGAGACCAUGCACCAAACCUAUGUGUACCAGGCCAGAGACGUGGGUGCCGCAGCAAGCCCCCCGUCCAUGCAGGUCACCAUCGAGGACGUGCAGGCACAGGGGGGCAGCACAGCGAAAUUUCAGGCGGUCAUCGAGGGCAACCCGCAGCCCACAGUGACCUGGUAUAAGGACGGCGUCCAGUUGGUAGACAGUACACAGCUCAGCCAGCAGCAAGAAGGGACAACCUACUCCCUGGUGCUGAGGAAUGUGGCCCAGCACGAUGCCGGUGUGUACACCUGCCUGGCCCAAAAUGCUGGUGGCCAGGUGCUGUGCAAGGCAGAGCUGCUGGUGCACGGAGAGGACAGCAAGCUGGACUCAGAGAAGCAAAGCUAUCGGAGAAAACUGCACACUUUCUACGAAGUCAAGGAAGAGAUUGGGAGAGGUGUGUUCGGCUUCGUGAAGAGGGUGCAGCACAAGGGCAACCAGAUGUCCUGCGCUGCAAAGUUCAUCCCCCUGCGGAGCAAGACGCGCACCCAGGCUUACCGGGAACGAGACGUGCUGGCAGAGCUGAGCCACCCAUUGGUUACCAGGCUGCUGGACCAGUUUGAGACUCGUAAAACUCUCAUCCUUGUCCUGGAGCUGUGCUCAUCAGAGGAACUACUGGACCGCCUGUUCAAGAAGAGUGUGGUGACAGAAGCUGAGGUCAAGGUCUACAUCCAGCAGCUGGUGGAGGGGUUGCACUACCUGCACAGCCACAGGAUCCUCCACCUGGACAUAAAGCCCCCCAACAUCCUGAUGGUGCAUCCUGCUCGGGAAGACAUUAAAAUCUGCGACUUUGGCUUUGCCCAAAAAAUCACCUCAGCAGAGCCAAAGUAUAGCAAAUACGGGUCCCCUGAGUUUGUGUCCCCUGAGAUCAUCGAGCAGACUCCUGUGAGCGAGGCCUCUGACAUCUGGGCUAUGGGGGUCAUCUCCUACCUCAGCUUAACCUGCUCAUCCCCAUUUGCCGGUGAGAGUGACCGUGCAACCCUCCUGAAUGUGCUGGAGGGGCGAGUGUCCUGGAGCAGCCCCGUGGCUGCACACCUCAGCCAGGACGCUCAGGACUUUAUCAAGGCUGCCCUGCAGAGAGCCCCGGAGAACCGGCCCAGUGCAGCUCAGUGCCUUGCCCACCCCUGGUUCCUGAAGUCCCUGCCCGCAGAGGAGGCCCACUUCAUCAACACCAAGCAACUCAAGUUCCUCCUGGCCCGGAGCCGCUGGCAGCGCUCCCUGAUGAGCUACAAGUCCAUCCUGGUGAUGCGCUCCAUCCCAGAGCUGCUCCAGGGCCCACCCGACAGCCCGUCUCUCGGAGUGGCCCGGCACCUGCGCGGCGACGCCAGCGCCUCCUCCAGCAGCUCCUCGUCAUCCGACAACGAGCUGGCGCCCUUUGCGCGGGCCAAGUCGCUGCCUCCCUCUCCGGUGACGCACUCCCCCCUUAUGCACCCGCGGGGGUUCCUGCGGCCCUCUGCCAGCCUGCCGGAGGAGACGGAGUACCGCGCGCUCGAGGAGGAGGCGGCCCGAGAGGAGCAGGCGGCUCUGAUGGCCAAGGCGCCCUCCUUCGAGACUUCCCUGCGGCCGCCCAGCGCCAGCGCCCGCGCCCCCGGAGGCCCCGGCCGCAGCCGGUCGCUGGACAUCGACUGCCCCUCCUCAGAGGCCUGCCCUGAGGUGCAGAGUCCCUCACCCACCCUCUGGGGCCUCCACGCUGAAACGGGAGCGCAGAGACUGCCCAGCGAGGUGGAAGGGCACUGCCUGGAGGCUCUCUUGGCAACCCCGAGCCCCUUCCUCUCCAGGGAGCUCCAGGAUUCCUCCUCCCCAGCACGAGCAAGCCUCCAGUCAGGCUCUAAGAUGGGGCUGGAGGCCACCCUUUACCCUGGGAGGCCCAGUUCCUCCAGGUCUCCAGGACCAGCCUCCCCAUCUGGCAUGGAGUCCAGCACCUCCCUGGACACAGAGGAUCUAGCCCAGGAGACAGAGGGCCAGUCCCAGUCUGAGCCCAGCCCACUUCAGCCUCAGGAGCAGGCAACCUCACGAAAGUUCUCCCUUGGGCACCAUGGAGGUUAUGCGGGGGUGGCCGGCUAUGGCACCUUUGCAUUUGGGGGGGAUGCGGGAGGGAUGCUGGGACAGGGGCCACUGUGGGCCAGGAUGGCCUGGGCCACCUCACAAUCCUUGGAGGAACAGGAUGAAACAGAGGCCCAGAGCCCACUCCCCCAGGCCAGUGUGGUACCCCUGCUGGAGGGCAGCAGGGACAGGGGAUCCCAGGUGUCUCUGGUACAGAUCCAGGACCUGUCAGGGGACAUGGAGGCAGCAGACACCAUAUCUCUGGAUAUAUCGGAGGUGGAGCCUGCCUACCUCAACCUGAAGGACCUGUAUGAUAUCAAGUACCUUCCAUUUGAGUUCAUGAUCUUCAGGAAGAUGCCCAAGCCAGAGCCGCCACCAUCCCCGGGGUCAGAGGCCAGUGAGGAGCUGGCUGAGCUCCCAGAGGCCACGUGGUCCUGGCAGGGCAUGCUGGGCCUGCCUGGCAGCCUGGAGAUCAGAGAGGAGCUGGAGGACAGGGAGGCCCCCUUGCUCAGGGAGGCAGGUGGCAGCAGGAAGCACAAGUUGUCACCCCCCUCCAGAGGUCUCCUGCGCUUUCCUGGGAGGCAUGCCCUGCUGGAGGAGCCUGUGGAACUGGGGCUGCGCCAGAGGGUGAAGGCCUCAAUGGCCCAUAUCUCCAGUGUCCUCAGGGGCAGGCCUCAAGGUCCAGAGAAGGAGGGGCCUCCCAGGAAAAAGGCAAACCUAGCUUCCUUCCGGCUGUCAGGUCUGAAGAGCAGAGACCAAGCGCCAUCCUUCCUAAGGGAGCUUGCAGAUGAGACAGUAGUCCUGGGCCAGUCUGUGACUCUUGCCUGCCAGGUGUCCGCCCAACCAGCUGCACAGGCCACCUGGAAUAAAGAUGGAGUCCUCCUAGAGAGCAGUGCCCGCCUCCUCAUCUCUUCCACACUAAAAAAUUUCCAUCUUCUGACCAUCCUGGUGGUGACCACUGAGGACCUAGGCGUGUACACAUGCAGCGUGCAUAAUGCGCUGGGCACCGCAGUCACCACAGCUGUCCUCCGGAAGGCAGAGCGCCCUUUGUCCUCCCCGCGUCCAGACAUCGGGGAGGUGUAUACUGAUGGGGUACUGCUGGUCUGGAAGCCCAUGGAGUCCUAUGGCCCUGUGACCUACAUCGUGCAGUGCAGCCUGGAAGGUGGCAGCUGGAUCACGCUGGCCUCAGACAUCUUUGAUUGCUGCUACCUGGCCAGCAAGCUUUCACGGGGCGGUGUGUAUACUUUUCGGACCGCGUGCGUCAGCAAGGCCGGCAUGGGUCCCUACAGCAGCCCCUCGGAGCAGGUCCACCUGGGAGGGCCCCGCCACCUCGCCUCUGAGGAGAGCUGCCCUGCACUGCCAGCCCAGCCGCUCCCCAGCGCGCAGACCUUCGCCUUCCAGACACAGAUCCGAAGGGGCCGCUUCAGCGUGGUGCGGCAGUGCCGGGAGAAGGCCAGCGGACGUGUGCUGGCCGCCAAGAUCAUCCCCUACCGCCCAGAGGACAGGACGGCCGUGCUUCAAGAGUACGAGGCCCUCAAGGGCCUGCGCAACCCGCACCUGGCCCAGCUGCAGGCCGCGUACCUCAGCCCCCGGCACCUGGUUCUCAUCUUGGAGCUGUGCUCUGGGCCUGAGCUGCUCCCCUGCCUGGCUGAGCGGGCCUCCUACUCUGAAUCGGAGGUGAAGGACUACCUGUGGCAGAUCUUGAGUGCCACCCAGUACCUUCAUGCACAACGCAUCCUGCAUCUGGACCUCAGGUCCGAGAACAUGAUCGUCACCGAGUACAACCUGCUCAAGGUGGUCGACUUGGGGAAUGCCCAGAGCCUCACCCAGGAAAGGGUCCUGCCCUCAGAGAGGUUCAAAGACUACGUGGAGACCAUGGCCCCAGAGCUCCUGGAGGGCCAGGGUGCCGUCCCACAGACUGACAUCUGGGCCAUCGGUGUGACAGCGUUCAUAAUGCUGAGCGCAGAGUACCCUGUGAGCAGUGAGGGCACGCGAGACAUGCAGAAAGGCCUGCGCAAAGGGCUCAUCUUGCUGAGUCGCUGCUACCCAGGGCUGUCCGGGGGAGCUGUGGCCUUCCUUCAGAGCACACUGUGUGCACAUCCCUGGGGCCGGCCGAGCGCAUCCAGCUGCCUGCAGUGCCCUUGGCUGACCGAGGAGGGCCCAGCCUGCUCCCAGCCCUCUGCCGUGACCUUCCCCACUGUGCGUCUGCGCGCCUUUGUGCGUGAGCGUGAGAAGAGGCGGGCGCUGCUGUACAAGAAGCACAACCUGGCCCAGUUGUGCUGA